AUGAAGCAAUCGGCCACGCUCUUCAGCCUGGUCGCUGCUCUACCGGUAGCCCAUGCAAUCACAUUCGGAAGCCCUGCACCUACAGCUACGAGCCCAAAGCGGGCUCUUGAUGGGACGAAUCCAAAUCUAACGAAAGGACCCUCUGUCAACGAGUGGAUGACACAUCAAGACAACACAGCAUCAGGAAUAACCUGCAACGCUGGGCGAACAUGCAUUCUCCUCAAGAGUGCCAGCAUCGGAAUGGCGGGGUGCUGUGACGGCGUAGACACCCAAGAUUGCGGAUGGUCACCUCAGUGCGUCGACUAUCGCGUCUACGUGGGUGGCAAUUUCAGUACCAAAUGCAUGCUUAAUGGUUUUGUGCACAAGUGCACUGAUGUAUUGUCGCCACAAUGCGUCACCUGGACGUAUCCGAGCGAUGGCGUUGCCCACUAUGGAUGUGCGGCUACUUCGAGCAAUACCAUCUACACUAGUCUUCAACACGCCACCGAUUGCCUAGGCGAUACAAAAAGCAUGGAACUGCCCACUGUUAGUGGCAAUGGAAUCACGGGUUUCAAAAAAGCUACGAGCACUGCUGUUGAGCCAACACACAUGCCCUCUGGUGGUGGUGGUAAUAGCAGCAGUGGAACACGGACAACCAAGAAGAUUGCCAUCGGGCUCAUUGUUGGCAUCAUCACCGCAAUCUUCCACAUCCUCUUCGGCAUAAUCGUCCCCCUUCAGACAAUAUCAGAUUCAAGUCGUAGAGGCGCACGAAGUGGACGCGAUUAG